ACACGUAUCAGAAGUCAAAAGCGCAACGCGGACCAAGAAAAUAGAUCAAUAAAGAAAACCCUUGCGUCCCAAGCUUUCCUUCACUUUCCCAUUUCGUUUCUUUUGGGGUUUGUGCUCACCUUCAUGGUCGCAAUAUUACAAACACUUGAUAGCUAUAAAACCAAGGUGGGAGUUUCAAAUACUCUUCUCUAUCAAUCAAUCUAUCAAAUUUUAGUCCUUCAAGAAAGAGAAAGAUGAAGAGAGUGGGUCGCCAGCAUGGGAUGGUUAGAGUCCAUACCGCCGGAAUUUCAUUUGUUUACGGCCCAAUACGCAACGCCAAGAUCUUCACACAGUUCGAGUCCCCUGUGACUGCCGGAAACUUUAUGAAGCUUUCCUCGAAACCCAGAAAUCACUCCAAGUUCAUGGGCAAGUGCGGUCGAUCAAGAUGCAGCUGUUGCCAUAGCCACCCUGUUUCCAAGUCCAAAGACAAGGCCAAGGGUACCCACAAGGAAAAAGCAUUCGGUGGUCGCAACGGUGGGGGUUUGAAUUAUGCCGGCUUGUCGGCGACGGCAUUCUUGGGUCAGUUGGCUACUCGUGAUGCUCAAGAUUGCGAUGAUUACGACGAGGAGGAGCCGGAGGAGGAUAAGCAGGUGGAGAAGGGAUACGACGAUGAUGUUUACUACCAGAACGACUACUGCAGCAAUGACAAUCUUGAAGACAUUGCUGUGCCUGUACUAACCACGGGAGGAAUUGAAGAAAUCGUUCAUGAACCGAAAGAAGAACAAGAAGAUAAAGAUGAAAAUGAUGACGACGACGACGACGACGAUGAUGGUACGAUGAGCGUCAUGAGCUUCCUUGAAGUUGGAUUUUUGAUGGAACUGGAAGAAGAUGGAUGGUUUGUGGUCGAAGAGAUGUAAAGGUAAUAUCAUGGAAUUCAAUUCUUGGGUUCUUGAUAUUAUGGAACUGGAAGAAGAAGAAGGAUAGUUUGCUUUUCAUACAUUUGGUGAUUCAUAAACCUAGUGCCUGGCGGGUUAGCAUAAUGAGCUACUGUUAUGAAUGGUCUUAGUGGAGAAUGCAAAAGAGAACUAACUUGUAUGGAUGGCAGAACUGUUCGAAAAAUAUGGAUGGCAGAGGUUUCUCACGACGCCAGAGUGGAAACCACACCAGUGAGAGGUGGGUGGGGGGUGUGUUUGUCCAGUAAAAGGGUCCCACAUUUUGUGAGGGGAGAGAGUGUUAACCUGUUAAUGCAGGUAUCACAGCUUAUUAUGUGAGAGAGUGUGGGAAAGAAUCUGUACUCUAGCGUCGUCGAGAUCUUUUUCCCUUUGUAUAUUUUGGAAUAAAAAUGCAUCUUUUAUGCUUUACAGGUACAUGGUUGGGGAAACCAUUCAUCACCUACUAGCAACUGCCUUAUGGGAGAUGGGAUGUGAUAUUAUAGUAAAUGUAUUAAACUUGUGUUCCAUGUGUCAUUAUUGAAGUAUUACAUGCCUUCUUUCAUCUA